AUGAAUCGGCAGCCCGGGGGAGAGCGGAAGAGGAAGGGCCGCACCCCCGGCGGGCAGGCCUUAGGGAAAUGCUCCCGGGUCCGGGUGGGCCAGAAAACCCCAAGACGGAGGGAGCUGCAGGCCGAGGACCUAGCCAGCGUACUGCAGCACCUCGAGGAGGAGUUCGCGGCGGGCGAGAGGCUCGCAGACGAGCAGACGUGGUGCAUGCCGGUGCCGCGCGCGAGGCAGGUGCGAACGGUGCAGAGGUUCUACCGGGCGUUCCACGACGCCGGCACGCUACCGGUCUUGACCUGCAAGGUAUGUUACCGGAAGCGGUCAAGAGAGGAGCUAAGGGAAAUGGCGUGGGAGAGGUGGCCAUGGCGGAGCCCCGUCACGGAGGGCGGCCGGUCUCUAUUCGCGUGCCGAAGCUGCUUCCCCGAGGGCCGGGCGGUGCCGGUAUGCGCAGAGUGCGCGCGGUGCCUCGGGCGUGAGAGGGCUUCGCCUGGCAUGCACCUCCACGGCCGGCUCGGCUGCGAGCACGCGUACCCCGACGAGCUCAAGGGCCUCACGCCGGUCGAGGAGAAGCUGAUCUCGCUCAACUCGUGCUACGGCUUCGUGACGAGGUAUAGCAUCCCCGGCGGGCAGAGGCAGAGCGUGAGUCCGGUUAUGGACGAGAUCCAUGUCUCGUGGCAGGGGGCCGAGAAGCCGGGGCCACGCGACCUGUCGGGCCUCCUGUCGGUAAGGCGGCGGGCGGUCGAGAGGGCGCUCGUCUGGCUUAAGGAGAACAACCCGCUCUACGGCGAGGUCGAGAUCGACGUGGCGGAGAUGGAGAGCUGGGGGGCGCCGCCGCACGGGGUGCCGUCGGUGGUAUGCGAGCGCCUGGAGCGAAACGAGCCGUCAGCGCGGGAGAGGACGCGGACCGCGCAGGUGGUGCCGCCGACGGAGCGGGCCAUGGACGACGAGGGCGCGGUCGAGAUCGAGGAGAUCCUCGUCAUGUUAAGCCAGGGGCGGGAUCCCGCGGAGAGUCGCGACGUCAGGCCCACGUGCGACGACGAAGAGGACGGCGCUAGGCCCGAAGAGGGCGGGGAAGGUGGCGGACGCCGAGAAGAUUCGCUUCGCCCGCGACGCCGUCGGGCCGACGGAGCGCGCGCCCGCGCAGGCCCGAGGACGUGGGUGGGGACGGCGGCCGGAGGGGCGGCGCGCGGCGGCGAUGGCGACAAGUACGAGCCCUAUAUCCAGGUACGGCGCGGCAACGAGUUCGCCGACUCGGCGGACGCCUCCUUCUUCGCCAAGACCUUCCCGACGCUAUUUCCCUUUGGCGUGGGGCCGAGGCUCGCCGACGAGGCCGCUACCCGUGGAAGCGAGACUACCGGGUGGCGGGGCCGGGCUGCCGAGGCGGAGCGGGUCGCGGAGGGCCUCACGUCGACCCGGAACAUGAACCUCCAAGCAUGGGCCGACGUCGUGCUACGGCGCCACGGCGGCCGGCGUAACGAGGAAGAACUUCGCAAAGGUCGAGGGUCUACUAAAGUCGUUAACGACGCAGAGGCUCGAGGCGGCGAGGUCGAGCUCGAGGCCACGGGCAAGACCGGCGACGACGGGGUAAAGGAGCUCCUCCGGUCCCUAUCGGUGUUUGGCCACCGGCAGCCGAUGUCGAGGGAGAGCCGCCUAAGUAUGCGGAAGAAGAUACUAUCUCUCAUCGUCAGAUACGGGGUGCCGGCCAUUUGGUUCACGCUAAACCCGAACGAUAUUACGAACCCGGUAAAGCUACGGCUGGCGGCGUACCGCGCCCGCGACCCCGAAGCGGCCGAGGCCUUCCUAAGAGAGCUAGGGACUGCGUAUAAGCGGGUGCGGCUGGCGAUAGCGGACCCGAUGAGCGCGGCCGUCUUCUUUCACCGGGAGAUAAAGCUCUUCUUCGAGCAUUACGUCGACGUCGGGGACGAGUCGGUGUUCGGGCACGUCGGGGCGUACUACGGGGCGGUAGAGACGAACGAACGAGGUGCUCUCCACCUCCACGGGCUUCUCUGGCUAAAGGGCAAUGCGCGCCUCGGCGAGGCGCUGGCCGGCGCCGGCGGCGAGGAGCAGGCAGCGUACCGGGAGCGAAUAAUCCGCUACGUAGACAGCGUCUUCUCCGAGGAGCUAGACGCAGAAGGGCACCACGCUGUGCAGGCGGAGCGGUCGAUCACGGCGCACAUGUCGUCGUGGCUUGACGACGUCGAGCGCUUAACGGACGCGUUCGACGAGGAGGCCAACUUCUGCGCCGGCGCGACGCAGGUCCACACGCAUAGCGCGACCUGCGUCAAGUACUCGCUCGCGGGGCCGGUCGUGGGCGACCUCUGCCGUUUUAAGGCGCCCUGGAGGCUAGUAGAGAGGACGGCGCUCACGGCGGACGGCGUGCUGGAGAUCCGGCGGACACAUAGCAUGGUGAACCGGUGGAACAAGGCGAUGGCGGUAGGGCUGCGGCACAACCACGACAUCUCGUUCAUCGCGACGCAGCGCAAGACCAUGGCCCUGAUCUACUACAUCACCAACUAUGCGACUAAGGUCGAGGUGAUCGCCGACCUCCUGGGGUAUCCCGCGGAGUUUUGCAGCGGCGCGGCGUGGGCGUACGUGAACACGAACCAGCUCUACUGGGCCGUCUUCCGCCAGUGGCGGCACCUCCGACUGGCGAGCGGGGUAGAGGCGACGGCGAGCGACGCGCCGGACGAGACGGUCGUCGUCGAGGAGGCGGGGCCGAGGAUCUCCUUCAUCGAGGCCUACCGGCAUAGAGGCGGGCUCCUACAGGGCCUCUGUCUCUACGACUACGCGUCGCUCGUAAGGCUGAAACGGAAUGGCGGAGGCGCCGAGGGCUGCGCGGCCUGGGGCGAGAUACCCUUUAACGAGAGCUGGGCUCCGGGAAGGACUGGGCGCAAGUGCUCAGACGGCCGGGUAAGGGGCGAGCGUACGCCUGACGGGUACCUCAGUAAGGAGUUCGGCGAGGAAGACGAGGAGUCAUGUCAUCGGAGGGCGGCGGUGCAGCAUCUAGCGCUGAUCGCGCGGCUCGCGGACAACGUACAGCUGCUCCGGCGGUCGGCGGAGGACGCCAAGCGCGACGCCAGGCAAUGGGCCGCUACGACCGAGGAGGGCGAGCCGGCGGCGGCGGCACGCGCCAACGAGGGCGCGGAGGAGGCGGCCGAGGGGGGCGGGCAGGUGUACCGCGCCGGCGGCGCAGGCGACGCGGCGCGGCUCAUCGACGUUGUCCGGAACGCCGCCGGCGCGGGCCAGGUAACGGCGCGGUCGGCGGAGCUGCUGGCGAUGACGCAGCAGCUCUGCCGGUUUCAGCAGUCGGCGCUCUCGUCGGCGGCCGAGCUCGAUGCGACGGUGGUGGCGGGCGAGGCGGGGCCGAGGCGGGUAAUCCUCGCGGGGUCGACCCUCUCCGGGGCGGCGCUGCCGCGGCAAGAGCAGGUAAGAGCCAUCAAGUCGCAGCAGAGGAGCGCCGCGCGGGAGCGGGAGCGGGCGAUCCAAGGAAUCCAGGGCGGCGCGGCGGCGUCGGCGCCCGGGGCCGACCGAGGUGCGGCGCUACGCGGGGUGAUGGGCGGCUUCGGCGAGGACGACGUCGAGGUGACGGCAGCGGACGCCGACGCGGGGAUGCGUGUGCGGCUCGGCCCGUCGAGCUCGUUUGUCGCCGCCGGCAGGGAGCUAGCGGGCCGGCUAACGCUUAACGAGAAGCAGUCGAUCGCCCUCCUCAUCAUAUGCCGCCAGCUCGAUCAGGCCCGGCAGGGCGGCGACGCCGGCGACAGCGGCGACGCCGGCCAGCUCUGUCUAUUCGUCGGCGGCGAGGGCGCUACUAAUCACGGCGACAUCGGGGACGGCGGCGGCGCGGAUCAACGGCAUCACCUGCACUCGGCCUGCGGCCUCUUGGUCGGCCAGGGCGGCCAGGCGGGGUCGGCGAGGGAGGUAGACGGGGUGCGGCUGCCGGGACAGGGCGAACGCUUCGUCGACGGCCGGUCGCGGAUGGACUGGCAGGAGAAGGAGGUGCUGGUGAUCGACGAGGUCAGCAUGCUCGGGGCGCGCACGCUGCACGCGGCGAACGAGCAGCUCUGCCGGCUGCGGGGCUCGCCGCGGGACUUCGGCGGCAUCCCGGUAGUCAUCCUCUGCGGCGACUUCCAUCAGUUCCGGCCGGUGCAGGAGCGGUCGAUCCUGCUGCCGAGCGCGGCGGUGCCGUGGGACGCGGACGGCGCGUUCGCGGCCGAGCGGCGGCGGCAGCACGAUAAGGCGCACGCGCUAUGGAGGAAGUUUACGACGGUCGUCAUGCUCGACGAGCAGAUGCGCGCCGCCGGCGACCCGGAGCUACGGCGGCUGCUCGGGCGGAUCCGGCGGGGGGAGCAGGACCGGUCGGACCUAGACCUCCUCAACUCGAGGUGCUACCGGGCGGGCAGGCGGAUACCGUGGGAGACUGGGGUGACGGUGGUGACGCCGCUUAACAGGAAUCGCUGGAACCUCAACCUAGAGGCGGCCCUCGCGUUCCGGGCCCGGCAACGGACGGCGGCGCGCAUCUUCGUCUCCGAGCAUAAGUGGAGGGACGGCACGCCGACGGAGGAGGAGGCGGUGCUGAUGCUAGGCCAGGGCGACGACAGCGCGACUCCGGUGCCGGCCGUCUUCCUCUUCGUGCCCGGCAUGCCGGUCGUCGUGAACCAGAACACGCACCAGGGGCUGAAGCUAGUGAACGGGGCCGGGUACACGGCGGUCGACGUCAUACCCGACCGGGCCUUCCCCGGCCACCGGGUCUCGGCGGAGCUGACAAUGCACUUCGGGCCGCCGCCGGAGGGCCUGCCGUGCGCCGCGGCCUUCGCCUGCACCGACUACAAGGUGCAGGGCGGGACGCUGGAGCGCGUGGCGCUGGAGCUCCGGGGGGCGAGGACGACGACCGUCGACGGGCGCGCGGUACCGUCGCCGUGCGACCCGUAUAGCCUAUACGUGCAGCUAUCGCGGUGCCCGACGCUCGACGGCAUCAUGCUCGUGUCGGAGGUGCGGGAGAGGGACCUGGUAGGGAACAGGGUGCCCGAGGAGAUGACGGCGGCGCAGGCACGGCUAGAGAGGCUCAGUGAGAGGACCGUCGGGGAGGCGCUACGCUGGCUCGGCGAUGACCUCCGGGGCCGCGGGAGGACAAGACGAGACUGGGGAUAA